AUGGCUGUGCCACUAACUUCAGCAUCCCAGAAGAGGUUAGAAAAGCAACCCAACUCCCAAUCCUUCCUUAAGCCACGACCUAUAAGGCCAUCAAAGGCAGCAGUUUUUUCUAUAAAGCCCAAGUGUAGAGGCAGGCUUGAAGUGCAAGCCUCCUUAAAAGAGAAGGCAGUGGCAGGACUAACAGCAGCUGUAUUGACAGCUUCAAUGGUGAUACCAGAGGUAGCAGCGGCAGCAGGUUCUGGCGUAACCCCAUCUCUCAACAAUUUCUUGCUCAGCAUUGCUGCUGGUGGGGUCGUGCUUGUUGCGAUUAUCGGAGCUGUUAUUGGAGUUUCCAACUUUGAUCCAGUUAAACGAAGCUGA